AUGAUGUCUUCCAGUUUCAGUGUGUUUAGAGCUGGCAUCUCUUUUGUCAUGAUGUGCAUUUUUUAUACAUCAGCAGUAAACUCUCCAGAGCUGAGUCCUCAGAAAUUCUUCAGUACAUUGCAACCAGGAAAAGCCACCUUAGUUUAUUUUUGUCAAGCUGAGUCUCCAAGAACUUCUAUGUUUCUUGAAGAACUGAAUGAGGCUGCUAAACCUCUCCAAGACUAUGGAAUUUCAGUAGCAAAGGUUAAUUGUGUCACAGAAGAAACAUCGAGAUACUGUGGAAGUGAAAAGGAUAUGAUGAAAGCAUAUUUAUUCAGGGGCAACAUAGCGCUGAGAGAAUUCCCAACGGAUACCUUGUUUGACGUGGAUGCUAUCGUUGCUCAUGUUCUCUUUGCUCUUCUUUUUAAUGAAGUAAAAUAUAUUACCACCCUGGGAGACCUUCAGAACAUAGAAAAUGCUCUAAAAGGAAAAGGAAACAUUGCAUUUGCGUAUGUCAGAGCCAUUGGAACACCAGAGCACAGAGCCGUCAUGGAAGCCGCUUUUGUGUAUGGGACCACACACCAAUUUGUCUUAACCACGGAAAUUGCCCUUUUGGAGAGUAUUGGCCCUGAGGAUAUAGAGUAUCCACAUCUCUACUUUUUUCACUGUAAACCAGUCUUCGACCUGACCCAGCCAUGUAGGAGAAUACUAAUGAAGCAGUCACUGACUACACUGAACAUUCAUCAAUUUAUUAAGACAAUGGAAGCACCUUUGCUGACUGAAGUUACUGGAGAUCCUAGACAAGUUUCAACUGUUCAUGUACAACUAGGAUUACCACUGGUUUUUAUUGUUGGUCAACAAGCUACUUAUGAAGCUGAUAGAACAACUGCAGAAUGGGUUGCUUGGCGUCUUCUGGGAAAAGCUGGAGUUCUACUUUUGCUAAGGGACUCUUUGGAAGUGGACAUUCCUGAGGAUACUAAUGUUAUCGUCAGAAGAGCAGAAGAGGAAGCGCAAAUGGAAUUUUUGGCAUUAAAUCAUAUUGAUUUAAUAGUAUUCCAUGUGGAAAGUACCAUGUACAUUGAGGAAAUGGGCAAAUAUGAAGACAUGGAAGAUCUAAAUAUAGGAAUUCAAGAUGAUGAAGUGGAAGAAACUGUUUACAGAGACAGGAAGAGACAGUUACCUUUGGAACUCACUGUGGAGUUAACAGAAGAGACAUUUCAUGCGACAGUAACGGCUUCUGACAGCAUAGUGCUUUUCUAUGCUGGCUGGCAAGCAGUAUCCAUGGCAUUUCUGCAGUCCUAUAUCGACGUGGCAAUUAAACUGAAAGGCACAUCCACCAUGCUGCUUGCGAGAGUAAACUGUGCAGAUUGGUCUCAUGUGUGUACCAAGCAAAAUGUUACCGAAUUUCCUGCUGUAAAGAUGUACAAGGAAGGCCAGAACCCGGUGUCUUACACUGGUAUGCUGGGAACUGAAGAUCUCUUAAAAUUUAUUCAACUCAACAGGAUUUCAUGCCCAGUGAACGUUACGUCUGUCCAAGAAGCAGAAGAAUAUUUAAAUGGGGAAUUAUAUAAAGACCUAAUCUCCUAUUCUAGCAUGUCAGUACUGGGACUGUUUAGUCCAACCAUGACAAGAGCGAAAGAAGAGUUCACUGAAGCAGGAAGCUACCUAAAAGGAUAUGUUACCACAGGAAUUUAUUCUGAAGAAGAUGUUUUGAGACUGUCAAGUAAAUAUACCGUAACUCUUCCAGCCCUGCUGCUUGCCAGACACAAAGAAGGCAAAAUAGAGAGCAUUCCAUUAGUUAAUGUCCAUGUGAAAGACAUAGUUCAAAUAAUAACAAAUGCAUCACUGGAAACAUUUCCAGAGAUCACUGUGGAAAAUCUUCCCAUUUACUUAAGACUUCAGAAACCAUUACUUAUUUUAUUCAGUGAUGGUGGCAUAGAUCUUCAGCAUGAAAAAACAAUACUGAUGCUGGCUAAAAAGAAAUACUUGGAUUCACUUACCCCUUGUUGGUUAAAUCUGAAGAAGACGCCAGUGGGGAGAGGAGUCUUGCAGGCAUAUUUUGGUACCCUGCCCCCUCUUCCUCUUCUUGUUGUGGUGAAUCUGCAUUCAGGUGGCCACGUGUUUGCAUUUCCUUCAGACCAGGCUAUCACUGAACAGAACCUUUUAUUGUGGCUGAAGAAAUUAGAAGCAGGACUAGAAAGUCAUAUCAAAGUUUUACCUGCUAAGGAAUGGAAACCUCCUCUGCCUGCUUAUGAUUUUCUAAGUAUGAUGGAUGCGGCAGCAUCUGAGCAUCUUACUAGGAAAGAUCCCGAGUGUAUAAAAGAAACUGACGUGCAGGAAGGUGAUAAAGAACAGCCUGACGAUAAAUCCGCAAUCACAGAGGAAUCGACUGGAACAUUGAAAAUGAAGCAUUCAAGCAGAAGUAGUUGGUUUGAAGAAGCCAAAAAACUGCUCAGGCAUGAUAAUAAAGAAUUAUGA